AUGGAGGAGAGACUGAAGGAGAUGCUGAACGGCAUGGUGCUGAAGGUGCAGCUGGGGGAGAUGGCGGGCGGCAUGGAGGUGCGCGUGGCGGCGCUGGAGGCGAAGCUGAGGGAGCAGGGCGACGCCAUGGCUGCCAUGCAGCGCGCCAUGGCCGACAUGCGAAGCUCCAUGGCCCUCCUCAAGGGCAUGGCGGCGACGGGCGCAAUGGCGGAGGGGGAGCGGGACGGGAGUGCGUCAGGAAAGGCAGCGGCGGAGGCCAGUGGCGCGCAGCCGCUGAAGGGAGCACCGUUUGAAGUGGAGGAUGUGAAGGCGCGGGUGGAAGCGGCGAGGGGGGAGGCGCGGGAUGCGGUAAGUGAGAUGCGCGGUGAGAUGGGCGCGGUGAAGGCGGAGCUUGCGCGGAUGAGGGCUGCGGCGGAGCGGCAGGCGGCGGAGGUGGCGUACGUGAAGGCGACGGCGGCGCACUCGGAGGCGUGCAUCAACGACGUCGAGCUGGCGCUCACCGCGCUCAGGGCAGAAGCGGGGGAGCAUGCGGAGGCGGAGAGGCGCGAUGGGAAGAAGCGGAAGAGGGACGACGCGUGCAAGGAGGAAGAGAUGGUAGAUGCUCCUUCGGGCGCCGUGCCUGCGCUUAUUGCCGUUGGUGCGGCGUCUCCCUCCUCACCGACGUUGCUCUCACUCGACUCGCCUCAGUGCGCUCUCUCACGUGGCUCAACCUCAACGGGGCAACUGGCUUCACUACAGCGGGAGUGA